UCAUUUCCGCCCGUGCGAAUUCGGAAAUUUCGAAGGCUCUCCCUAACCUGCAACGUCUAUAUGCGCUCUUGUAUAAACAAACAUUGAUAAUUCCAUCUAAUUUUCGACUCGAAACUUUGUUUACUAAGAUCGGAGUAAGAUGAAUAUUCCGCCGCUCCAACAAGCUGGGGCCAUGGGAGUAGGACAAAUGGGACAACCAGUGAACCCCCAAAUGCCUCAGAACCAACAGCAGGCGCAACAAACCCAGCAGCAACAGGUCCAGCAGCAGCAGCAGGCGCAACAGCAGCAGCAACAGCAAACACAGGAUAAGCUGGACAAUAUAUCCAAGGUGAAAUCCCUGGUUGGACCCCUGAGGGAUUCUCUUGGCAUAGCCCUGAAAACUGCGGCACACACUUUGCAUCAAAAUAGCCUGGUCGACGUGGGAUCCAUGAAGGGUAUAGAUCAGCCUGAUCACCGAUUCAACAAGCACAUGGAAGAAUUCUACUCCAUCUGCGAUCAGAUAGAGCUGCACCUGAAGACCUCCGUCGAGUGUCUGUCGCAGAACAAUAGCUCUCUUCGAUAUCUACCAAUGUCAGUCAUGACAAACCGCAACGAUACAGUGAACACGCAGGAGGGAUCAGCACUGUCUUAUCCACAAUUCUUACUGACUGUGCGAGCACAAGUGGCAUAUGCACGCGACAUUCACGACGCUAUGUCUCACGCUCGUCCAAUGGCCUCCGGGGAACAACCUUAGUUUCAUAGAUCUUGCUUAGAGAACAAUUUUUACAUGCUCGAUAAGAUAAUAGGUAGGGAAAUAAAAUGCAAGACUAACUUAAUCGUGCGAGUUAAAGCUAAUAUAGGUUCUUUGAUAAAAAAUAUUUGCUAUUUAAUAAAAUAUUGUAAUGCAAA